AUGAGUGACCGGGACAUCACUUACACAACUGUGAGAUUUCAUAAGUCUUCAGGGUUGCAGAACAGAGUGAGACAUGAUGAGACUCAAGGAUCCAGAGAAGCUGGCUACAGAAAGUGUUCAGUCUCCUGGAAGCUCAUUGUGAUACCUCUCGGAAUCUUUUGUUCCCUUCUGCUGGUAACUGUCGCAGUGCUGGUGACACACAUUUUUCAAGAGAAACACGAACAGGAGAACAUUCUAAAUAACCUCCAUCAAGAGAACUACACAUUAAAAAGUAACAUCUCCUUAAAGGAACAAAUGCUGAAAAAUAAGUCUAUAGAGAUUGAUUACCUCAAAGGUCAACUGGACUUCCUCAAAAGACAACGGAACAGAUGCCACGAGGAAACCCAGAUCAUUUUAGGUUGCUCACAACCCACAGGAAAAUGUGUUGAAGGACGCUGGUUUUGCUGUGGCAUAAAAUGUUAUUAUCUCAUCAAGGACGAUAAGCCUUGGAGUGAAUGUUCACAGACCUGCCAGGAUUGCAGCUUAUCCCUUUUGAAGAUAGAUGAUGCUGUUGAACUGAAUUUCCUUAAGCCCAAAUUUUAUCAAAAGAAAUACUGGAUUGGAUUAAGACGUAAUAGAACCAAAAGAAAAUGGCAGUGGAUUGAUGAUGUCCCGUCUAACCUAGAUUUGGCGGUAAUGGAUUCACUACGUGUCAUAGGAGACUGUGCAUUUCUAAGUUCAACGGGCAUACAUGAUGAUGACUGUGGCAGAGUCCACAGCUGCAUAUGUGGAAAGAGAUAAAUUCCCUGUUUCAAUGUGUGGUACAAAGGAAAGAACUCAGUCUGCUGUGAAAACAGAGUGAUGCGCUUGAAAGGGAAGAAAUGUUCUGAAAUC